AUGGCUCUCGGUAUCCCUUCAACUUCCACGAACCCCCCAAAAUGUCCUCGUUUCAGCCAAACUCCCAGUUUUGCUGGCUUUCCUCACGGCCGCCGUCGCGGCUAAUGAAAUCGUUCUCGCCAAGGUUGCUCUAAUGAUAACCCGUUGAUUUUUUGAUUUCCUUCAGACUACCGCACUCACCCUGUGGACGCCACCCACUAAAGUGGCCACUGAAGAAGCGCCCCUGCAGUGCCCCCUUGAAGAAGCACCCCUUCAGUGCCCACUUGACGGCUUCAACUUUAACUCCACGCUACCCAAGCCUUCACUCUUCGUCGUCGAGAACUUGACUUUGGUUAAUUUUUCAAAUUUUUGAGGGGAUCGCAUGGGGAAGGGCUGUGGUUUUUUUGAAGUGCGCCCGACGAAAAACGACUUCCGCUUGAAGUUAUUUUGAACCGCGUAACGCUGAGCCGUUCUUUACGCGACCAAAAAUUUAAAUAUAAUGAAAAAAAUAAAAUAAAUACAAAUCAGAAUGAGUAGCUUUCCAGAAAAAAUUGAAAAAAAACUUUUUAAUGAAUCGAAUGAAGCUUUUUAGGACAGCUUGAGAAUUAAUUUCAUUUUUUCAGGCCCCGAUUGUCCCGUUGUACCCAUGGGCUGUUGUGUCCAGCAACAACAAAACUUUGGAUAUGGUUUGUGAUUUUUUUUUUUGUCUUGAAAUGAACCGAAAUGCUCCGAAAUUAAAGUUUUUCGCACCCUGAAUAUAGUUCAAGAACCAUUAAAAAUAUUUUUCAAAGUUUUUCGAGGCCUAAAAUAACACAGAUAACGAAUUUUCGCUCCGAAAUACUAUGAGAUUUUGUCUCUGCGCCUUUAAAUACACCAAAUUUAUCUUAAUCAUCUUAAUUUUUUGUUGAUUUUGAAACCCCAAAUUUUUUUCAGACCCCCAUCAGGAAAGUGAAGCCAAUCACGCGUUUCAACAAGCAAAUUCGCGGUCGCAGGUUUGGCUCGAACGAACCGCUACGCGACCGCAACGCGUCCCUUUUUUCAGCGUUAACCCGUGGAUCUCGUCCUACGUCUGCUACGCGUUCAUCUUCAUCGUUGUUGCGGUCUACAUUGCCAACUUUGUCGAUGUAUGUUUAUUCGUUAUCGAGUUUUUCAGUUGCCUUUACUUUACUACUAAUAAUAUUUAUAAAGACUUGUAUUUAUGCGAACAACUGGGAAAAAUCGGUCCUCUUUCAUAGUUUUAAAGGGAUUAUAGUCUGUUCAGAUUUUUAAUGUCAAGUGCAAUGACGUCAUUCAAAAACACUCUGUAGAUGGCUCGCUCUCUGAUUGGUUCAUCACACCAUUGGGGGCGGAGCUUGAGCGACGACUUGACAUUCAAAAUGUGAACAGACUCUACGUUUUUGCAUCACGGCGUUUUUUUUGGCAGCGGCUCGUCCAUAUUUUUUCGUAAAGUGUGGUGUGUCGUGUGCAUACACUGCGGCGCUCUGGCACACACCGCGUUCAAAAUAUUUUUCGCGAAAUUCAAAAUCAUAUCUGAGUUUCUGAAAUUCAGUUAUAUUUUUCACUCUCUGGUGGCUAUUUUGAAUUUCGCGCAAUUUUUUCAACACGGCAUUUGUUUUUAAACAAAAAAAACAAAAAAUCGCGUUUUUUUUUAAAUGAAAAAAAUACAUUCCUAUCAUGACCCAUUGAUGCGCUUUUAAUAUUUCCUGUUGUUUACGCGUUUUUUCCAUGACGUCACAUGGAAACGGGGGAGGUUUUGACCACGCCCCCUAAAAUUUUGCUUUUGCAUUUUCUUCCACUAAGAAAAACACCGUGGCAUGUGUUACACGUGAACUUCAAUUUUGUCAGCCUUUUAUUUAAAAUUGCUUUACUUCGAGAUUUCAGGAGAUGAUGGAGCUUCUGGACGAAGAAGUGGAGGUCAUCAUGGUGCGGACGACGUCGCGUCGGUCCAGGACGUCGCCCAGGAAGCCUUCGACGGCCUUCCGUCGGAGUCUGUCGCCGAUUCCCGAAGCGUGCAGCGAUUGCUAA